GCCACACCACGUGACACGAGACCGGAAGCCGCGGGCUUCGGCCCUGAACCUGUGUGUGAACUCGGCAUUCCCGCAGAGAUGUUCUCGGCGGGGGCGGAGAGUCUGCUCCAUCAAGCUAGGGAGAUCCAGGAUGAGGAGCUACAGAAGUUCUGCUCCCGGGUCAGCAAGCUGCUACAAGAGGACCUGGGACCGGCCACCGUGGACGCUCUGCAAAGGCUCUUCCUCAUCGUCUCAGCCACCAAGUAUGCCCGCAGGCUGGAAAAGACUUGUGUGGAUCUGCUGCAGGCCACCCUGUCGUUGUCCACAUGCUCUGAGCAGAUCCAGGUCCUCUGUGCUGCCAUCCUGAGAGAGACGUCACCCACUGACACCCUGACCCUGUCCUGUGAUCACACCCAGAACCCCCAUCAGCUGAGCCUGGUGGCGUCUGUGCUCUUGGCCCAGGGUGACAGAAGAGAGGAGGUGAGAAGCGUGGGGCAGCGCGUCUUCACCGUCCUGGAGAGCCGGCAGCCUGAGGGGCCCAGUCUCAGGCCCCUCUUGCCCGUCCUGUCCAAGACCAUGGGCCUUGCCCCAGGGAUCCUUCAGGAAGACCAGGCCAGCCUGCUCAGCAAGCGGCUAGUGGACUGGCUGCGCUAUGCCCGAGUCCAGCAGGGGGCCCUGCACUCUGGGGGCUUCUUCUCCACACCCAGGGCACGGCAGCCAGGCCCCAUCACCGAGGUGGACGGGGCAGUGGCCUCGGACUUCUUCACGGUGCUGUCCAUGGGCCAGCACUUCACGGAGGACCAGUGGCUGAAUGUGCAGGCCUUCUCUAUGCUGCAGGCAUGGCUGCUACUCAGCAGCCCCGAGGGCGCAGGCACCCCGGAUGCAGAGGACAGGUCUGAGCUGGAGGGCUCCACUCUCUCCGUGCUCUCUGCUGCCUCUGCUGGCCGCCAGCUGCUCCCGCAGGAGCGUCUAAGGAAGGUGGCCUUUGAAUACUGCCAGCGCCUCAUCGAGCAGAGUAACCGGCGAGCCCUGAGGAAAGGGGACUCCGACCUGCAGAAAGCAUGCCUGGUGGAAGCUGUGCGAGUGCUGGACACAGUGUGCCGGCAGGACCCCUCCUUCCUGUACCGCAGCCUUUCCUGCCUCAAGGCGCUGCACGGGCAGCUGGGCACAGACCCAGGCAGUGAGCGGGCACUGCUGCCGCUCGCCCAGUUCUUCCUCAACCACGGGGCAGCAGCUGCCGUGGACGCAGAAGCCAUCUACCAGCACCUCUUCAGCAGGCUCCCUUCAGAGCGCUUCCAUAGCCCCAUGCUGGCCUUUGAGGUCGCCCGCUUCUGCCGGGACAACCUUGCCCUGUUCGACCCUCACCUCCUUGGCCUUUUGAAGCUGAGCUUUCCUAACCUUUUUAAGUUCCUGGCUUGGAACAGCCCGCCCCUCACUGCCGAGUUCGUGGCGCUCCUCCCUGCUCUGGUGGACGCCAGCACGGCUGUGGAGAUGCUGCACUCCCUGCUGGACCUGCCCUGCCUGACAGCCGCCCUGGACCUGCAGCUCAGGUCAUCACAGAUGCCAUCUGAAAGGCCGCUCUGGGACACCUCCCUCAGGACCCCUGGCUGCCUGGAGGCCUUCCGGGACCCGCAGUUCCAGCUUCUCUUCCAACACCUGCUGCGCACCAAGGCCAGCGGCUCCACAGAGAGGCUGAUGCCACUCUAUCAGCUGCUGCAGCCCAUGGCCAGCUGUGCCCGGGUGGCCCAGUGUGCCCAGGCGGUGCCGACCCUGCUCCAGGCCUUCUUCUCUGCCGUGACCCAGGUUGCUGACGGGGCCCUGACCAACCAGCUGGCGCUGCUGAUCCUAGAGAGAAGCAAUGCACUCUACCAGGUCCCACAGUACGAGGCCCAUGUGCACAGGGUGCUAAGCUCCUGGUUCCUGGCCCUGUGCAAGCAGAAGCCAUCCCUGGUGCUGGAGCUGGCGAGGGAGCUCCUGGAGCUUGUGGGCAGCGUGAGCAGCAUCCACAGCAGAGCGGGCAUGUUCAUCUGCGUGGUGUGGGCCAUCGGCGAGUACCUGUCAGUGGCCUGUGACAGACGAUGCACUGUGGAGCUGAUCAACAAGUUCUUUGAGGCCCUGGAGGCCUUGCUGUUUGAGGUCACCCAGUCCCGCCCCUUGGCCAGCACACCCCGGUGUCCACCCCAGGUCAUCACAGUGCUCAUGACUACGCUGACCAAGCUGGCCUCCCGGAGCCAGGACCUCAUCCCCAGGGUCUCUCUGUUCCUGUCGAAGAUGAGGACCCUGGGCCAGAGCCCAGCCACCAGCUCUGUGCACAGUGAGGAGGACGCAGAAGCCAUCCGCACACGGGCCACAGAGCUGAGGAACCUGCUCAAGAUGCCCAGCGUGGCCCAGUUUGUGCUCUCGCCAAGUGCAGAGGUGUGCCAGCCCCGCUACCACUGUGACACCAACACGGCCCUGCCCCUGGCCCUGCGCACAGUCACCCGAUUCGUGGAGAGGGAGGCCGGCUUCUUGCCAGGGUGACUGGACCAUGACCCAGUGGACACUGACCAGGUGGAUUCCAGCCAUAGAUAAGGGCCUGGGGCCGCCAGCCUGAUACUGGGUCUGAGCCACCGGCUUUGGUGAUCAGCGAGGAAUGGAGCAGCAGGGGCCCCCCUGGGAGAGAAGAGAGGGCUCGACCCUGAGGGACGCCUCAGCCUGUCCUCUUUCCAGCUUUCUGGGCUUUGUCUUCUAACCCUGCCCCGGGGCUCCGCUGAGCUGCCCCUUGGAGGAGCUGAUGGAUGGCCUUGGCCUUUUCUCAGGCUGGAUGGAAGCCAAGCCGUGUCCUGCUGUUCCUUAUUUCUGGACAGUUCUGGGGCAGGGAGAGAUGUAAUAAAAAUAAAGCUCCUUACAAACUCUU